AUGCAUCGUCAUGAGGUUGUCCGGGAAGCGUUUCCCAGCCACGCAAUUCUCCGGCUGUCGUUCGUCUAUGGCCCAGUGGUUGCUGGGGCGCACAGCACUUUCCUGCAGUUCGCCCUUGACAAGCUCCGUUCGGGCGAGCCCUUCGACGCCUUUGCAGACCAGAUCCGGUCCUGCAUCUUCAUCAAUGACGUAGUAGAGGCCCUUCGCUUGGCCGUUCAGGGUCGCCUCACUGGUACCGUGAACCUGGGAGGACCGGAAGCUUUGUCCCGCCUUGACUUCGUGCGCGCCGUGGCGCGGCACUUGAACAUCGACGAGACUCGCGCUCAAGGUUCUACCUAUUGCUUGCCCACACCUUCGCCUGCUGACAUUUCCAUGAACAUCUCGCGGCUCGAAGCUAUGUGUCCUUGCCGCAGCUCAGAAAACAUCACAUUUUGGUGA